AUGCAAUGAUAACCGAUAGGCCGGUGAUAGGAGAUAAGUGGACUACACAAGUCUCUAGCUAUGUGAAGGGCGGCCUUUGUGACCCAGUGUAUGAUAACGAGCCGGAUAAUCAAUGUACUGGUCACAGAAAUGUGGCGGGUACUCUCAAAGAUUUGCAAUCAGAGGCCGAAGAAAGGAUCAUAAAGGCAGUCGCAUCUUAAGCGGAUUACACGCGACUUCAAGGCCUCAAAUCUACUAAGUCUGAAGCGUAGGACAUUUCUCCUACAAGGCUUCUAAUGCCUUCGACAAGUCUCUCGGCCUCGGUGCAGACCACUACCACAACGGCCCAACAAACAGCGCAACAGCAGGCGGCGGCAGCAGCCGCUCAACAACGCUCCCCAAAAUGCGCGAGGUGCCGAAAUCACGGCGUCAUCUCCAUCCUAAAAGGCCACAAGCGCUUCUGCAAAUGGAAGGACUGCACGUGCCCUGACUGCAACCUCAUAGCGGAACGGCAACGCGUCAUGGCUGCGCAGGUAGCGCUGAGAAGACAACAAGAAAGUGACGCAGAGCAUUUCACCAACUUUCCUUACAAUCACGUGCAGUUCUACUACAACUCUUCCGGACAGCGUGGUCAGGAUGGAGGAAGCUCCAAGGGUCCGAUGUCUCCGAAUGAUGUCCUAGCAGCGGUGAAGACGCCAGUGUCGCCUGUUUCGAGUAAUGGUACAGCGUUCAGCGAGCAUGGGGGUUCACCGUGCAGCACCCCAACCGUCAGCUCCGCUGAACCAAGGAUGUCUGAUAUGGCCCUCAAAAGGCAACGUUCAGAAGAGGACGACGAGCCCCCAAACAGUGACCGAAGAUCGCCCGAUCAAAAGCGACAACGUCCGGAAAACAUUGUUCUAUCAAAUGGCUUUUCAAAUGAUGUUCAUGGACGUAUGUUUUCAGCGGAGCACGCACGAGCUAUGAAUAUCUUGACGAGACUUUUCCCGGAGCAAAAACUCAAUGUGUUAGAGCUGAUUCUCAAAGGGUGCAGUGGGGACAUUGUACAGACUAUAGAAUGCGUUCUGCCAAGUCACGAGGAAGCCUUAGCAAGGGCUCAAAUGUUCACUACUGGACCCCCAAGGGGAAUGUUUCCCAUGCCCUCCCCACUGAGGAAUGGAUUGUCAGCCUUCUCGCCUAUCACACCAGGCUUACGGCCAUCCUUACCCAUUAUGCCUUUAGAGCUUCACACUGCAACGUCAUGUGCCAGUGGAAAGUGCCCUGGGUGUGUGUACUACCCAGGGAUGGUCCCUAGGAGUCCCAGAGAUGCCCCCAAGGAGCCAAGGGAGUAUGCCUCUCCCCCACCACUGCCCUCUAGGUCACCUCGGUCACCAAGAACAUCAGAAAGUCGUUCGCCCCCAAGGGAAGAAAUGCUGGACAGUCAAAGAGUGCACUCUGCUACUGCUGCACUCAUUUCAAUGAGCAACAGUGCACAGUUAUUCCACAAUGAACGCUCAUCUGUCAUUAGGAACAAUAUGAGCAUGGUGGGAUCCCCGACAAGUGUCAAGUCACAUGAUUCCGUCAGGGGAUCCCCAUUAAGGAACUCAACAGGGGAAUCUACUCCACCCAGUAAUUAAUCUUUGACUACUGUACAAAACAUUCAACCCAUUUUCACUUUUUUUCUUAGUUAUUUAGUGCUAGUUAGACUUAAAAGAACUUAUUGGUAAGGAAAAGACUGAUUUGACAGUUUAGAUCAUUUAGCUAAGAAAGAAGCUAUCUUUGGAUAUCAGUGCUUUGUAUUUUGCUGAUGAACCUUCGGGAUGUUGAAACACAAUCUUUUAUUCUAUUCAUAUUCAUAGCAACAAUGAAUAUCUAAAAAUCUUAUGACCAUAGACAUAAAAUAAAAAAAACUAAAAGUUUAUAAGUUGAACAACUUUCCAGGCUGUUCUACACUUCAGUAUGUCCUACGACAUUACUGUAGUUAUGAUAGUGAUGAUGUUUGUGGGUUAGGGGUUGUAUAAACAUUGCAAUUGAUAAGUUCUUAAAAUAAAAAUAAAAAAAAUUCUAAACAAGACGAAAUGAAAAUAAAUACCUAACAAAAUAAAAGAAAGCAGAAAGAGAAAACAGAGGAGCAAAAUAUAUUUUCAUUUACUACAGUACUCUACAUUCAUUCUUGAAUCCAGUCAUACAGUCAUAUACUGUAUGGAGUGCUUUUGCCUCUGGAAGAAACUUUGUUUUCCUUAUUUUAAAAUGGAGUCAACUCUUGCUUUUAUGACUCCAUAUUGGACCAUAAUUAAGGUGCUAUAUGAUCAGCAAAAAAACUGUUAUGGAUGCAAAUCUGAGUCAUUACUUUGAACUGUAUUUAAAUUUCCUUCGUCUAUAAUGAGGUGUCCAUAUUACAUAGGUCAUUGUUUUAAAAGUAAGAGUUGACUUAAUUAUCUUUGCACUUGUUUGUCAUCUUCAUUUUUCAUUUUAAAUUCUUUUAAGAUGUAUUGCAAAUUCAUAGGACAUCACUCUAGAUGACAUUCAUGUCUAUUUUGAAAUAGUCUUUUGAAAUAAAAGCCAAUGGAAAAGAUU